AUGGAGCACGGCCCGCCUCCCGAGUUUCCUCUUGAUCAUUGCCGUUCCGCCAUAAUUCCCGAACCAUCAUCCCCCUCCACUCUGCUUGGCUGGCUUAGGGACGCCCCUCGUCGCGCUCGGGAUCUCGGAAAAGCGGCAAUGCGCAGAUUUCAAGAGGUGGGAUUCGCGCGGCGGACAGGAGGAGCCACGGCGGAACUGAAGGCGGCCAUUGAAAGGACGCACAACCCCAAUACCGGCAUUCCGCCCCCGGAAGCGUUUUGCUUCCGACCCUCCAUCGCCACCGAGUACCAGGACCUCUUCACUCGCGCUCCCGCCGGUCGCACGGAUUUCCCGCCUCCCGAUCUCUCACUCCCCGCUCCCGUCCUUGUGCGCGAAGAACCCCGCACUGAGCAUCGCCUGCCCAUCGACGAGCACAUGCGUCUGGCCACCCCGCGUCCUACUCUCCAGCACUCUUCGUUCCACAUUCCUCCCCCGCCUGGCGCGCAUCACAUUCCACCCUCUUGUCCGCCGACCCCGCCGGCGUCGCAGGAUCACGGAAGCUCUGGAGAACGCGAGCCCGUCCCAGUAUGCCGCCUAGUCCCCGCCAACUUCCUCAUGCGGUUCGACGGCUUCCCGGUGCCCGAAAUGCUCUUCCUAUUGCAGAGUGUCGACGGCGGGCCCCCUCCUCACUUCAAGCCCCAGUACGGCACCCCUAUCCCCAUCCUCAGUCUCACCGACGACCCCGGCCUGCAAGAGCUCUGGCCUGUCGAGGCGAUACGAUUCGACCCCGCUACCCAGAGGGCUAUCAUCCUCGCCGCCUACGACGGCUGCGCCGUCCCGGUCCUAGUACCUUACCUUAUGGCGGAAGCGCUCCCGACCCGCAUGAAGGUUUGGCAAAUGUUUCGGGACGAGCUAGCUGAGCUUGCGAUGGCGCCGCGGCGCUACGCGCUGACCAAAGCUCAGCUCAGCCGCAUGCACGAGGAGGCGCGCGCCCGGGUCAUCUGGGAGGUCACGAAGCUCGUGUCCCACAAGACGGUGCCUCCGUACCAGCACCCGGCGCCAAAUGACUUAGGGCUGCAUGCCAUUCGCCUGCUGGGGAUGCAUGCGCUACCCGGACCGCAGUAG